UGAAGCCCAAAAUUUCAAUUACUUAUGCUUACUAAUCCCAGGAAUAAUAAAUAUUGAGGACGGUGAGAAUGAAGCUUGAUUGUUUAGUAUAAAUAUAAACCAAGGACACUUCUAUUACAAAAUUUUGCCGCGUAAAUUACCGUACAGAUGUCAGCAGUUUACCGGGCAUUGAUUGGAGCAGUUGAUAAAAAGGUUCCUGCUCGACUCAAACCUUUGUGGAAUCAUCCUGCGGGACCUAAAACCAUAUUUUUCUGGGCGCCUACUUUUAAAUGGCUUCUUGUAAUAGCUGGAUUAGCAGAUAUUAACCGACCAGUGGAGAACGUCAGUUUAUACCAAAGUACAGCACUCGCUGCAACUGGUCUCAUAUGGUCUCGAUAUUCUUUGGUUAUUAUCCCUAAAAAUUACAACCUUCUCAGUGUGAACGCCUUUGUUGCUCUAACUGGUUUAUAUCAACUAGCGAGAAUCGCUCGGUAUAAUGUUCAAAAUUAGAAAUUAAAGACACUAGAAGAUGCACCUCGAAAUACGUUGAGUUUGGUGUCAAAUGCAAUCACAUUUUUUAAACAAGUGGUCACAUAGUACUGUUAGUGAACGAGAAAUUAGGUGAGGAAAACCAAUUUAUUUUUUGAUGCAAAAUCACACAGUAGCUUAUUAAAAUGUGAAAGUCAUACAUUAAACACGUCAUUUGCGCAUAUUCUUUGCGUUAUCAUUUACACAUUCCAUUAUCUCUCUAAUCCUGUUGUAAUCACAAUGGCUCAGUUUCUCUACAUGUUCUCUUCUCUUCAAUCUUCUGCUGACAGGCAUUUCACUUCCCACUGCUGCUACAUACUACUUAUAUCUGUCAACAUAAGUAGCCUACACCGCUAUAGGAUUAUGUACAUUUAUCAAACAAAAAUAAUAUUACAAUAUACGUUAGGUUAGUCUUGUUAAGUCAUUUCUAAUAAGUAGCUUAUUUCUUUUUUUUACAAUAAUCAUAU